AUGUCAGCAAGUCGAGCGGCGCAGAAGCGGUUGACGCGCGAGUACAAGACCAUCUCCGAGAACCCUCCACCAUACAUCGAAGCCCACCCCUCCGACUCCAAUAUCCUUGAGUGGCACUACAUCAUCACCGGUCCCGAAAACACACCGUACCAUGGCGGCCAGUACUGGGGAACCCUCGUCUUCCCUCCGAAUUACCCCUUCGCUCCCCCGGCCAUCCGCAUGCACACCCCAUCAGGUCGCUUCCAACCCUCAACACGACUCUGCCUCUCCAUCUCCGAUUUCCACCCCAAGUCUUUCAACCCGGCAUGGGAGGUCUCGACUAUCCUGAUCGGCCUGCUGUCCUUCAUGACUAGCGAGGAGAUGACUACGGGUUCCGUUUCUAGCACCGAGGCCGAACGAAAGAUGCUGGCAGGCCGGACAAAGUGGUGGAACUCUACCGGUGGCGGCUCUCACAACAAAUGCAACACGCAAAAAGGCAACGUCAAGGCCGGCGACGGCGGCGCCAAGUUCCGAGGCGAAUGGCCCGAAGUCGACAAGGCCAACUGGGAGUGGAUGGAGAAGAACAAGAUCGACAUCGCGACAGGGCGCAAGAUCGGCAGCGCAGCCGGGGCCUCAUGCGGACCUCAGCUUGGCAUCGCCGCCGGCAGUGGCCAUCAGGCUCAGGCCGUCGUCGACGCCGUAGUGCAGCAGCGUGACGCCGGCACAGGGUGGCUGAACCAAAACAAGCUCCUCGUUGCCGGUGGUGUCGUCUUCUUCUACGUCCUUCUCGCCAGAAUGCUCGGCAGCGACAGCUGA